AUGGUCCACACCCGUGGACAGGGCGCCCGACCCGAGGGCUUUUCGGAGUACCAACCCCCCAAACGUGAGCGAAAACCGCGUCAAAUUGGACGCAUUGCGGCCCUGACGCCUUUCAUUGUCUCCUGUUCUCCCCGUUACAGGUUCCCCGCCUGCCAGUCCCCUACCGUGGAUCCGUCUACCCUGACGGAGACGGAAACAAUGGGGGCAUCUGCCAGGAGAAGACCCCAAUACAGAGAUGCGUGGACCCAAACGAACCCUGAGCUGACGUGCAAAUGCCACAUAGAGCCCACGAGCGCAAAACGACGUCGAGACCCCGACGAAAGCACCGACCAGAAUGUAUCGAAGCGGCGUAGGGCUGUUACUCCCGAACAGCCCAAGUUCCUGUUUUCGAAGACUCGAAACCGAAGCCUCCUGACCUCUGCGCCCUCCAAACUCAGCUCCCGGCAUGAGUCUCCCUUCUUCCAUCGCGUUUUCGAGCCCACGAGCCCCGAGUCCAGCCCGACGGCUGAGAAAGAGCAUCCUCAGUCGCAAGAGCGACCGAGACCUCAACAACCGAACACGCCUGCCCCGGUCCCAACCCCGGCUCCAGCUGGCAUUUUUGGAAGUGUGAGGAAAUUUCUAGGCUACUUCACUGGUAGUGGUACACAAGGUCCGGCACAAAAUGUGAUGCAACAACAACACCCACAACAAAGCAGUUUUAGUGUUUCAGACCAAGACCAACACCAGGCACAAGAGAGAGACACAACUGCCGGAGAACAAGAGGAAGUUUCAGAACAAGGCAGUCCUACCCCAACCCCACGCGUCGCUCUCAACGAAAUUGAACCACCUGCUCAUGAUUCUCCCGCAGUUGAAAGCAGAGUUCUCACGCGCGAAUUUUUCAAGAAACGCAGAACGGCCAACACCAUUGCAGGUCGGGAACAGUUGGCAGCUAUGGCCGAGAGCACUGAAAGCAAAGCAGCGGACUUCAACCCCACCGAAACUCCAGGCACCAACAAGCGCAAACUCGCAUCAGUUGAAGGCCAGAUCCCGGGCCCAAAAAAGGGCGGAUUUGGAAUUGACGACAGCUAUCUUGACAUUGAAAAUGAAGUCGAAGGGAUCGGCGAAUCAUCACUAGCAGAGACGCAACCUGCCACACCCACCACCAAACUUCUACCACAGACUCCUCUGCGCUCUGCAAUGAGACAGACCGGCACAAACCUCGGUUCAGUUGGACGAUCCGUUAAAUCAGUGCGCAUCAACCCCGUCGACUCAGUCAAAGCUGUCUACGGCCAGUAUGGUCGCUCUGGCGACUAUCGUGGCAGCACCUUCGCCGACCUUUCAAGUCAGUCGCCAGACUCUUCAUCUUCGCUUCCAUUUGACGUAGAGCACAUACACUCGCCGACAACAAUGCAGAAUACUAGAGGGAACGUGACCUCUAGAUUCCACCUUGACCUCAAUGUUACUGAUCCAAAUGAUGACACCUGGCGCCCAUCCCUUGCAAAUCCUCGACCUGGCCACUUUCGCGUUCCUGAUGCGGAUGAGUUUGAGGAUGAAGAGGAAGAUGACACACUCACGCCGCGUCAACCGACAGCACAAGAAGAAGUGCCGCCUCAACCCAGUACCCCUCGCAUGUCACAUGCAGAACUCCCCCAAAAUACUCCGCUCGAAUAUUCAGGAUUCACCGGACACACAGACAGCAUCAUGGUGAACGACACACAAGAAUUCCGGCUCAACAAAGCGAGAUCGGACGCACAGAAAUACAAACCCGCCAAAUCUUCCCGGCUUUCCUUGAGCGAGCAAGCCCGAUCACGUUCAUCGUCUCCCCCAAGCUCAGAAAUAGAAGCUACCGAGUCGCAACUCGGGCCAGGCAUGGUGCCGGUAGAGAAACAUGCUGACAGACAGUUCCAUGAAACGGUUCGGACUAGCAGACAACCUGCGGUAACGAGACUCAUGAGUCGUGAAGAGUUAGACAACACCCUGAUUGGGGAAGACGGGAUGACGGACUACCAACGCGAGCACCAGUACGACUCGUGGGCGGAGGACGUCCUGAAUGGCCCGAAUGCCCCGUCACCCCAGACAUACGUUGAAGCUGGGAUCGCGUCAUCCUAUGUGGAAUCACUUGUACAAAAGACAUGGACAGAGAGAGACACCAGAGAAUCCAUUGAGUUCUGGGAGAAGGAGUUUGAGGAAGGACUGAAGGCCGCACGGGAGGCAAGCAAUCGGGGCAGAGUGCUGCUUUGGGUGACAGAUCCCGACGAGAUUGUGGAAAUGGAACAAAAUGGGUAUUGAGGAGACGAAAGAGGUCUUGUCUUUGCAAUGCUGCAACAAGCCAGACAUGCACUGAAAUACCGAUCAGGCACUGUUUGGAGGAGGGUGUGUUGAUAUCGGACCAGAGAGGGUCUGUCUGAAAAAGCGACGUUCGACUUUCGUUUUCCCAGUACUGCAGCAUCAUGUCAAGCGUUCUUUGAGUAAUCCACCAGGCGCCGUUCGGAGGAGGAGCGUGUGUGUUAAUAUUUGGUCAAAGGGGAUUCGUGUCAAGAAGCCGCAUCAAGCUCUUGCGUGUCUCCAUCGUGGACAGGUUUGGAGUUUCCUGACGGGCCAGGAACGAUCUGUGAGGUCUUUCUGUUGAUCAAUAGCCACGUCGAGCUCUCGAGUCUCUCCAAUCGUCUGUUAGAGGAGACUCAAAAGCGCCCGUUUUGAUGAACAUCAUGACAAUAUUCAUUUUUUGAA